AUGACUCGCGCUGAAGCUGCUCCUCACUCUGUUGCUGAAUCGCAACAGGACCGCCACUCGCAUUCGCUGCCCGGCUCGUCGUCCGGGCCCAACAAGGCUGGCGCACGCGCACCCGGUGGCGCCUCCGCACUAGGCUCCGAGAUCGGCGCCGAACGGGACGCCCGACGCGAACUCGCCCAAGCACGCGCCGAGGGCGAUUCCAUCCCCACCAUCCCUCCCCCCGCCUCGGGCAACGCAGCCGAGCUCGGCUUCGGUCAGCUCAACGGUGCCGAGCAGGGCAUCUCCACGCCCGGCGAGGAGAAACGCGACCAGAUGCAGACCGAGCGCAAUGCAGAGUUCAGCAAGGCCCAGCCGGACCUGCGUAAGCUCGCUGCGAACUCGGCUGGCUCUGCGAGCCACACCGCAUCGGGCGUGGACACGAAGAGCACCGGGGCUAGGAAGCCGGAUGAGCUGCUCGAGACCGUGGGUAGGAGCACGGGAACCGAGACGGGCACGGGCGCGGCCAGAGAGGGCGAGAUCGAGGUCGGCAGGGAUGCUACUUCUGCCCGCACCGUCUGA